AUGGGAUACUGGAGCCUCUCUCAACAGGAGAGAGGGAGGAGGCUGAUAGAGGCUGCCAAGCAGGGCGCGGUGGAGCAGCUGCGCGAGUUGCUGGCGGCGGGGGCGGACGUGGGGGCGAGGGCGAGGAGGGAGGGGUUGUUGGGGAGCAGCUGGACCGCCCUGCACGAGGCAGCAGGCAGGGGUCACGUGGCGGCGGCCAGCUGCCUCGUCGGCGCCGGCGCGGAGGUCGACGCCAGGAGCAGCUGGGGGCAGCAGACGCCCCUGCACUGGGCUGCAGAGGAGGGCCACGCUGGUGUGGUGCGGCUGCUGGUCGGCGCCUCUGCUGACCCCAACGCCAGGGAUCGGUGGGGGCGGACGCCGCUGCACAUGGCGGCAGAGGGGGGCGAGGCAGAGGCGGCGGCUGAGCUCCUCCUGGCGGGGGCGGACACGGGGGCCCGGGAUGAGGAUGGCAGGACCCCCCUGGACCUCGCCAGGCAGAACGGAAAGCAGGAGCUGGUGGAUAUGCUGACACAACGCUGA